CAAAUUCUCCAUUAACGCAUCUUCAAUUUAGAAAUCCAAUUUUCUUCUUCCUCAAAACCCUUGUUUUCGUUUUCUAGAAAUCCUCGGAAUCAAUGGCACCAAAGGCAGAGAAGAAGCCCGCCGAGAAGAAGCCAGCGGAGGAGAAGAAGUCCGCCGUCGCUGAGAAGGCUCCCGCCGAGAAGAAGCCCAAGGCCGGCAAGAAGCUCCCGAAGGAGGGCGGAGCCGCCGCCGGAGACAAGAAGAAGAAGAGAGUGAAGAAGAGCACCGAGACCUACAAGAUCUACAUCUUCAAGGUUCUCAAGCAGGUCCACCCAGACAUCGGGAUCUCCAGCAAGGCCAUGGGAAUCAUGAACAGUUUCAUCAACGACAUCUUCGAAAAACUCGCCCAGGAGGCCUCAAGGCUCGCCAGAUACAACAAGAAGCCGACGAUCACCUCGCGGGAGAUCCAGACCGCGGUGAGGCUUGUGCUUCCGGGCGAGCUCGCCAAGCACGCGGUGUCUGAGGGGACCAAGGCGGUGACCAAGUUCACGAGUUCUUGAAGCGAUCUGGCUGCGGAUCUGAUUGUUUAGGGUUAGGGUUAGGUUUCUAGCGGUAUAUGCUGGGCUUUUGUCUCUAAAGCCGUUUUAAUGAUUUUUUAGUGUUGUUUGUAUGCUUAAUCCGCAUGUUUCUAUGGUACAAAUUGAAAGACAAAACGGUUUAUAUAUCAUAUCUUAUGUUCCUCUAA